AGAGAAGGUAGCGGUUCGAAUCUUCUUGUAGUACCGGCAGGAUCGGUGCUAACUGAAGCACUGAUCUCGUCUGCUGUUUGUCGUGGAGAGGAUGGUGGUAACGCACCAGUAGUUGGCGCUGGAGGCGGUUUCGAGUUUGGAGUUGAUCCUGAAGAUGACCCAGAUCUUGCUUUGGCGCUUCGCGUUUCCAUGGAAGAAGAACGUGCUCGACAAGCUGCAGAAGCAGCUGCAGCUGCUGCCGCGAGUGGAAAUGCUCCAACUGAGGCUGCAGGAGCAUCCGAACAACCUCAGAGUGUUGACGUUAUGGACAUGGAAAUGGGAGAAAUGACUGAGGAACAGCAGCUGGAGUGGGCUUUGCGCAUGUCGAUGCAGGAUUCUGUGCCAGCUCCGGCUGCUCAACCAGCACAAGCGCAACCUGCUGAGGAAGUCAUGGAUGUGAGCACCGCGCAAGUGGACAAUCUCGAUGAACUGAUCAAUAAUCCGGAAUUGCUACGGCAAAUUAUUGAUGAUCUUCCGGGUGGUGAAAAGAAGAACGAUGAGGAAAAACCGAAAAGCGAAGAGAAGUAG